UUUUAUACACCUGUCAGCAACGGGUGUGGCUGAAAUAGCGGAAUCCACUCAUUUGAAGGGGUGUCCACAUGCUUUUGUAUAUAUAGUAUAUGUUGUCAUUCGGGAACCACAGCAAUAACAACAUUCCCCUCAGUAUCCUCGAAGAAACAGCAUCCUCCUCAGUAUCCUCGAAGAGAAGAGCCUCUGCACAUCGUUCAAUAGGCGUGCUCCUCCCGCAUAAUUUUAUGGUCCCCUUCAGUCUCUUCCCUCUCCGUAAUCUUUUAUUGUUUCUCUCUACUCCCCACUCCACUCUCUGGCUGCGGAAGGGCAGCUCGCGGUUGCAGUAGGUCACCGAGGCGGUUUAACAGACUUUGCUUACAGCGGGAGUCGACUCGAGCUCAAUCGCGCAGCAGAGCCGUUACUGCCUGUUCAGUCGGCAGGAGAGAAAUCGCUGCGCUCAGGACAUCACACAGCAGCAAACCCAGAAAAGACCGACUCCGACAAAAACACUGUCGCGCCGUGUCCGCGUUGUCACAUCGGAGAGAAUGGACACACUGAAUUAAAACAUUUACCAUGAUUUAUUAAAACAUUGAUUGGACCAGUAAUUUGGGUUAUUUAAAGAUUUUUGCUACUUGGCUCUCCGGGAGACGCAGCGCACAGAAACGCACACGGAGACGUAGCUAAAAGCCCCAACUCCUAGUGGACACUGAGGGAGGAGUGUGAAGAUGCCGGGGGAUCUGAACUCGAUGUGUUCUCGUGUGUGGAGUGUGUGUCUGCUCCUAGUGUGGAUAUGUCUUGGCACGAGGGUUGUCGGUGUGGUCGGGUCGCACCAAGGCAGCAUCCCUCUCUCCGUGGUGAAGUUGUGGGCCUCAGCGUUCGGAGGAGAGAUCAAGUCCAUCUCAGCCAAGUAUUCUGGUUCCCAGCUACUGCAGAAGAAGUAUAAGGAGUUUGAGCGAGCGGUGCGUGUAGAAGAGAUAGAUGGAUUGAGGUUGGUGAAGAAGCUGGCUGAGAACAUGGAGGAGAUGUUCCACAAGAAGUCUGAAGCCAUGAAGCGUCUGGUGGAGGCAGCAGAGGAGGCACACCUGCAACAUGAAGAUGACCCAGACCUACAGUAUGAGUAUUUCAACGCAGUAUUGAUUAAUGAGGUGGAUGAAGAAGGUAACAGUAUGGAGCUGGGAGGAGACUUCCUUCUGCAACCAAACGACCACUUCAACAACCUGUCUGUCAACCUCAGCCUCAGUGUGGUGCAGGUGCCCACCAACAUGUACAACAAAGACUCAGCUAUAGUAAAUGGAGUUUACUGGUCUGAAGCCUUGAAUAAAGUGUUUGUGGAUAACUUUGAGAGGGACCCAUCCCUCAUAUGGCAGUACUUUGGCAGUGCCAAGGGCUUCUUCAGGCAGUACCCAGGGAUCAAAUGGAGACCAGAUGAACAUGGUGUCAUUGCUUUCGACUGUCGCAACCGCAAAUGGUACAUCCAGGCAGCCACAUCUCCUAAGGAUGUAGUGAUCUUGGUGGAUGUGAGUGGCAGUAUGAAGGGCCUGAGGCUGACCAUUGCCAGACAGACCGUCUCUUCCAUACUGGACACACUGGGGGACGACGACUUCUUCAAUGUCAUUGCUUACAACGACGAGGUACACUAUGUAGAGCCAUGCCUGAAUGGAACUCUGGUCCAAGCUGACGUCACCAACAAAGACCAUUUCCGGAUGAAUCUGGAUAAGUUGCUAGCUAAAGGCAUCGGCAUGCUGGACGUAGGUCUCACUGAAGCCUUUGAGGUCCUCAAUGAUUUUAACCAGACAGGUCGAGGCAGUGUGUGUAGUCAGGCCAUCAUGUUGGUGACCGAUGGGGCAGUUGAUACUUAUGACUCUGUGUUUGCCAAGUACAACUGGCCCGACAGAAAGGUCCGGAUAUUCCCCUACCUGAUUGGUCGAGAGUCAGCCUUCGCAGAUAACCUGAAAUGGAUGGCCUGCGCCAAUAAAGGUUACUUCACUCAGAUUUCCACUCUGGCUGAUGUACAGGAGAAUGUGAUGGAGUAUUUGCACGUGCUCAGUCGGCCCAAAGUCAUUGCCCAAGAGCACGAUACGGUGUGGACCGAGGCCUACAUUGACAGCACCGUGAGUGGACACCGCUCCCCCAUCUCUCACAUGCUGGAGGAUGGUCAGGGUCCUAUUUUGAUGACCACUGUGGCCAUGCCUGUGUUCAGCACCAAGAAUGAGACGAGGAAUAGAGGCAUCCUGCUAGGUGUGGUUGGUACUGAUGUUCCUGUCUCUGAGCUCCUCAAAACCAUCCCAAAAUAUAAGCUGGGCAUCCAUGGUUACGCGUUCGCCAUAACUAACAACGGGUACAUUCUGACCCACCCUGACCUCAGACCAUUGUAUGAGGAGAGUAAGAAACGUAGGAAGCCCAACUACAGCAGUGUGGAUCUGUCUGAGGUGGAAUGGGAAGACAAGGACGACACACUGCGUAAUGCCAUGGUAAACAGAAAGACUGGCACCUUCUCCAUGGAGGUAAAGAAGACUGUGGACAAAGGGAAGCGUGUGCUGGUACUGCAUAAUGAUUACUACUACACUGACAUCAAGGGAACCCCCUUCAGUCUAGGGGUAGCCCUGUCCAGAGGCCAUGGAAAAUACCUCUUUAGAGGAAACGUCACUGUAGAAGAAGGUCUUCAUGAUCUGGAGCACCCUGAUGUACAGCUAGCAGAUGAAUGGACAUACUGUGACACAGAUGAGCACCCAGAGCAUCGGUACCUGUCUCAGAUAGAAGCCAUCAAACUCUACCUCAGUGGACGAGAAGCACACCUUAAAUGUGAUAAGGAAUUGAUCCAGGAAGUUCUGUUUGAUGCUGUAGUAACAGCUCCUCUAGAGGCCUACUGGACCAGCCUGGUACUAAACAAGUCAGAGAACUCUGAUAAGGGCGUGGAGAUAGCCUACCUGGGCACACGUACUGGCCUCUCCAGAAUCAACUUGUUUGUGGUUCCGGACCAGCUGACCAAUCAAGAUUUCCUGACAGCUGAAGAUAAAGAAGGGGUGUUCAACGCCGAUCACUUUCCCCUGUGGUACAAGAGAGCAGCAGAACAGGUUCCUGGAACCUUUGUCUACUCUCUCCCCUUCAACACAGGGAAGGACAAUAAUAGUGUAGUGUUGGCCAGCACUGCCAUUCAGCUACUGGACGAAAGAAAAUCACCCAUUGCUGCCGCUGUGGGGAUCCAGAUGAAGCUGGAGUUUUUCCAAAGGAAGUUCUGGACAGCCAGCCGACAGUGUGCAGCGUUGGAUGGGAGAUGUUCUAUAAGCUGUGAUAAUGAGAACAUCAACUGUUACCUGAUAGACAACAAUGGCUUCAUCCUGGUUGCAGAGGACUACUCUCUGACAGGGAUGUUCUUUGGAGAAGCAGAGGGGGCAGUGAUGAAUAAACUGCUCCUCAUGGGUUCCUUUAAGAGGGUUACUCUGUAUGACUACCAAGCGAUCUGUAGGAUCUUUGCAGAAAGUAGUGACGGUUCCCGUGCACUAUUGGACCCCUACUUUGCCAUCUUUGCCACAGUGAAGUGGCUCCUUACAGAACUUGUCAUUUUUAUGCUGGAGUUUAAUCUGUACAGCUGGUGGUACUCUGACCUCACAGCCAAAGCCCAGAGGGGUGAUCGGACCAUGUUGGUGCCAUGUGAUACAGAGUACCCAGCCUUUGUCUCAGAGAGAACCAUAAAGGAGACCACUGGGAACAUCGACUGUGAGGGAUGCAUCAAAUCAUUUGUGAUCCAGCAGAUCCCCAGCAGUAAUCUCUUCAUGGUGGUGGUAGACAACAAGUGUGACUGUUCUGAUGCUGCUCCAAUCACCAUGGACCCCAUCGAGAUCAUGUAUAACGAGUCUCUGAAGUGUGAACGACUGAAGUUCCAGAAGGACCGGAGACGACCUGACUCCUGCCACCCUUUCCACCCAGAGGAGAACUCUAUGGAGUGUGGAGGAGCUCUCAACCUCUCCCCAUCACUAAUGGCAACACUGCUCUGCCUGCUGCUGGUGCUGUUUCCUAGGUGACCAGGGCUGGCCACGCCCCCCAAUCCCAGGCUUGGCUGGGAUUGGCUCGGCUCGGCAUGCACAUGAAUCCCUGACUACGCCACAGAUCAUUUAAAAAAAUCACAAACCAACCCCUAGCCCUUCCCCUAGCCCUCCCCUAGCCCUCCCCCUAGCCCUUCCCCUAGCCCUCCCCUGGCUCUAGG